CUCACCUGUUCAGUGAGACACCGACUGCGCGAUAGGCCGUCUUGGACGGUCCACGGUCAACUGCUUAAACUGACAGUUUUAAGACGGCAGCACUGUGGCUGUUAUUUGAAUUAAAGAUUGGAUAAAAAUUAGUGUUUGUGAUUAAUUCUUAAUGUGGUUAUAUCAUUAAGUGCAGACUGAUUGUACUUCGUGAGGUAAUGCUGUUGGGAGAGAAGUGAAGGAGAGCGUGCGCGGAACGAGAACAAACGAUACCCUCUUGUCGGUCUGGAUGUGCUUCCCACUUGAGGACUCACGUUGGUGAAAUGAUGUAAGGUGGAAUGCCGGAUGUGAGCCGUUCUGACUCUCAGCGUUCUGAUUCAUCACGGCCUCGCGUCUCCUUCAAUCGCGACGUUCAUGUCAAACGAAUAGGUAGUCCUGGUGCUCCGAGGGUUAUUGGGGCCUUGGCCAGUGAUGGGGAGGGUCAUUUGGUGCCCUUGCCGGUACGGCGGGAACGUCCUACUCGUCUCUCAAGACAAGAGCUAGCAAAGGAAGCCAAACGUGUUCUGGCACAAGCUGACAGUGUUGUUUGUUCUAGCCAAGCAUUUUUUGAUCAGAGCCAAAAUGAAAAUAAAAAUGCAGUGAAUUCAGGUAGAAAAUUUAGCACACUCCCCCCUCUUAGACGAAAAAGUAAGAAAAGUUAUCACAACAGGAGUGACCACAGCUUAGGAGAGGAAUCACCUUCAUCUUCUCUUGAAAGGCACACUACUGAAUAUAAGAAAAGUAAUAAAAGAUUGCACAAUAUUGACAGCCAGAAUGUAAGUAAAGGAUCACCAGCAUCUUCACUGGACAGAAAAUCAAUAAAGAGGAGUGGGGGCAGGAAUAUUGUAGCAUCUGUAUUCUCAUCACUUGAUCGUGCUGUGUCUAAGAAAAAUAAACAUGCACUGGUAGACCAAGAUGUAGGUAGUUUCCAGAGCAGCACAAAGAAUUCUUCAAGUUUAAAUGAUCUGGUGGACAGUUCCUCAUCAUCUCCUGUAAGAAUCAAGAAACAGAGGAUAGGACUCCAAAGAAGUAUAAGUGAUGCUGGCUCUAGAAAGUCUGCCAGGAAUAAUGUUAAGAACAAAAGUUCAGGCGUAUUUCUGUCACUAGAUCGUCUCACAGCAAAGCAAAGAAAGAAUAAAAAUAAAACCAUUCUGAUACACAGUGAUAAUUCUGACAGAUCUCCUGCUCAACCUAGGAAGAACAUUUUGAAGAAAAGUUACAGUGAUUCAGAAUCAACUUCACAGACUGGUGUGAAGGAGGAAAAUCAUCAUCUGCAUGGUGAGGGGUGGAAGAAAAAACAGCUUUCACCAAUUAUUGAGGUUCUGCCACGUGAAGAUUAUUUCCAUGAAAAGAAGAGCCCACAGCCACUUCAGGAUUCUGAGAAAACCGAUGCCAGUGAUAGGGAAGGUACAAUGUUACACAGCAGUCAGUUACCUGCGCAGAAACCUACUCUGACGAGAGGCCAAACAGUAGAUGCUAUGGUGAAACGUCUGAGUCAAGACUUCAACCGAACCUGUGGCCCUCCACGUGGUGUAAACUCUGCUCCAGGUUUAAUCACCCCUGAACACCGCCAACACAACAACAACCUGCCUUUUUCAUACACAACGCCUACAACACACCAGUAUGGGUCCAGUACACCCACAGUGGAGCCCACACGAAAUGUCCCGCUCAGUGGCAGACAAGCUGCUGUAUCAAGAUCCCCCACUGCAGUUGAUGGCCAAGUGAUCUACGCAGAGGUUGUAGUCAGUGGAGGAGGAAAUAAUGGUGGAGCAGUCAGCAAACAGACAGUGCAUACUAAGGUUCUCCCUAUAACACAGUUACAACCAGAAGAACCCAUCCAACCAAAAGUUCAAGAACGACAGUUUGAGAAAACACACUUCCAACAGACAUCAGAGGCCUUUCCUUCAAAAGCACUCACUACAGAAUUAUCACAGCCUUACCACCAACAGAACGAGGUAAGAGUGAAAGUCACAAAUCAACCAUCAGAUGAAGACGAGGGUUUGGGUCUAACUAUGGAGCAUGGUGAUUGUAGAUACCUGAUGGAUUAUGUCAAUGAAGGGAAUAGUUGUUGUAGGAAAGGUGUCAUGGAUAAUUACAGAAGUGGGAAUAGCUAUACAUCAAAGGGAGAAUUUAUGGAAAAGCAAAUAAGAAAUGGUGAAGAAGAACGAAAGUCCCAGAAGAACUCUUCACGAAGGGAAAUUAGAACAGACUACAGUGCGAAUAAUGUGAGGAAAGAGUAUAUUUUGCACGAGUCUAUAUAUGAAAGUGAAAAUUGUACUUUUGACCCUUCAGCAAGAGGAAGAGCUGAUGGAAUGGAUUCCAGGAAGAAAGAUUUCAUGAUGUCAGAGAGCUACAAUGGAAGGGGGUAUGAUGAUGGCAUCUAUCACCACCACAAUGGGGAAGCAUGGGAUGAUGUAAGACAGCAUCUCUUAAGUGAUAAUAUGCAAAAUGAAAAUUACAAGUCAGAAUUCCAUUCUGAUGCUAGGAUAAUUCCUCCUGAUGAAACUGAUGGGCAUGGUCAUUAUGUUAGGGAUAGAAAAGAGCUCUUAUCUCACACUAGAGAUAAUAAUGAUCUCAGUUCCAGACGAGAUAGACUUGAAUCCAGAAUUGAAAGCCAAAGGAAGGACCGUUUAACAAGCAACAAAUAUUCAGACAUAUGUUACAAAGGAGGUUCUAUAGAUACACAAAAUGAAAUUAACAGGAAGUUUGCAACAGAUAUUACUUCUAACAAUCGCCAUGAUUUUCUCAAAUCACAGCUUGACUACGGCAGAAGUAGCAUGAUGGAGCAAGAGAAACGGCGUGAAUGUGGCAAAAAUUAUGGCUUAAAAAAUAGCCAGUAUCAACCUUCUUUUAAAACAGAAUCUGACAGUUAUAAUAAGAGAGAUUUGUUUGCAGACUCAGGCAUUGAGGUUGACUAUCGUACCAAAGACUCAUCAACAAACAACAUGAAAUAUGAUAAACUACCAAUCCAUAAUAAUAAUAACAUGUCUGCAAACAGCAAUCAAACACAAAAAAUAACCAGAGGUGAGCUUCAUAAUCAUUCUUAUGACCAUAUCAGUGAUGAUGAUGACACAGAAAUGGAUGGAAGCAUUCACCAUCACAUCAUCUCAAACCAUUGUAGUGACACAAAUGAAGAUCAUAAAACAAAAUCAAUUAAUAUGUUUACUUCCACCAGACUUGUUCAAGAACAGAAACAUAGCGAAGCUAUUCCAUCAUCCACUGUACUCAUUCGCCACUGGGUUCCUUUGAAUGAGGAAGAAUCAAAUAAUUUAAAGAAUAAAUAUACACAUGUUUCUAAAACAAAUGCAGAGGAUACCCAGCAACCUUUGUUGUCAAAUGAGGAAUAUGAAGAAUAUGAAAUGUCAGGGAAAAAGGAUGAAUAUAAGAAGGAGCCUACAGAGGAAUACAAGAAAACUGAUAACAAAGAGAAACAAAAUGAAGAAAAGGAAGAGAAAAAAGUGACAAAAAAGAAACAGAGUUCAACAAUUGAUAAGAUGAGACAGUUGUUUAUGCGUAGUGACAAGUCAGCAAAAAAGGACAAGAAAAAAGAAGGGAAAGUGAAAGUAAUGGUAGAAGGGGAUGAAGAGGAAGAUCCUCUAACUUCUCGUUACACAGAAUACAGGGGAAGUGAUAUUGAUUUACACCAAGAAAGUCCCAGAACUCCCCACCGAGACAGAAUCAAUCCUAGAGGUAGCAAUGUGCAGCUUGAACAGCAAGAAACACCAGGACCAGGACACAGAAACUGGAGACCCUUAGAAUCAGGAAGUCCCAAGGUUACAAGAUAUAUGGAUCAAGAUACAGCCUACCAAUCAUUCCACAGAGGAAGAAGUCAGCAUACCAGGGCAAGCAACACAGACCUAGAUGAAAGUACUCCCAGACCACCUCGGCCAGAAAUCAAGAGGGGAGGACAGCCUUCUAGUGUGGAAGAACAAAAGGUACCAAAACAAGAAGAAUGUCAUCGCUCUGUCAGACAAAGACUUGCUACACCAACUGCCAGCCCCAGUCUGUCACGAGCUAAUAAUAAACCUGUAUCAUCAACACUCAAUCGUAUCAACAACAUGAAGAACAAGGAGCAGAACUCCAGUGGCUCAGGCGGUGGCUGGUUCAAGUCGCUUGACAGGCUCACUAAAAGGGGGAAGAACAAAGCCAAGGAGCAAGAUAAAGACACAGAAGAUGAGAACAAGACAGUCAGGCAAAACAACAAUAACACUACCAGUAAUAAUAAGAACCUAAGAUUUUUUGGGGACACAGAUCAGGAAUCUGUAACAUCAGUAAUCCACCAGCCAAGUCAUCAAACCCUACGUCGCUACAAGUCAAACAACAAUAACAGCACCAAUGGUAUGAGCACUGGCAGUAUUAAUAACAAAGUACAGGCACCAUCACGGAAUCUGGCGGCAAUGGGGCUUCGUCAACACCGCAGUGCUGGGGACGUGGCUACCAGCUCUGCCGAGAGCACCACUGAAGGAGACAGCAGUCAACAGUCACAAAGAUCUGUUGUCUAUCUGCAUGCAGCCACUGUGGGAGAUAUUCCUGGUCCACCAAGAUCUCAGAGUAGUGGAGUCGCUCGCAGAGCGCAGAGCAGAGAGGAACUGUCCUCCACAGGAGGUUCACCAUGUCCAUUGCAGCCACAAACUCGCACAGUAUCGCGUUCAAUAUCUGUCCUUGCUCCAUGGAAGCCUCACCAUUAUAGAGAAGGUCUUGAAGUCCAUUAUGACAAUGACAAUAGUGGUAACAAAACUCUAGGAUGGAACAGCAAUGGGAAGCCUCCAAAAAUACCUGUGUCCCAGCAAACAAGUGGAAAAGUCACAGUGAAUCGCAGCAGUGGUGCUGUGAACAGAUACAAAAGUAAUGGUGUCAGAGGUAAAGAGAAUCACACAACACUGCAGAAGCAAAGAGUCAACAAAUCCACAUCAACCGAAUCACUAAUUCAGAAGAAUGGGAAUGGUCAGGGGCAAUAUAUCAGGGACAGAACACCAUCUGAGAAAAAAUACUCAGCCCUGAACUCAUCCACAUCUGCAGAAUCUCUGAACCAGAAACAAAACAGAGACAAGAGUGCAAAUUCCAAGAAACAUUCAGCACUGAAUUCUUCAGCAAUAGAACUCAACAGCAAUAAGAGUUACAGAACUGCAACCAAGAAGGGUACUGAAGGAGGUGCAAAGAAAAGUUCAGCAAAAUUGGCUCGGUCAGCUUCCAUGCCAAAGGAUUCAAGGCUUACUGCAGGCUGGUUCAAGCUACGCAACAAGAAGCAAGGAAUGUAGCACAAUGUUUCACAUUCUUCUGUAAAAAUUUUUAAUAUAAUAAGAUUGUUAAUUUCACCACACACAUAUUAUAAACUCCAGAGCCAAGGUGCUAGGUUACUGGGAAUGUAACAACCUGGUUGUCAUUGUACAGAGACGGCAUAGAAAUGAAGCCCAUCAGAAAUAGAAUAGAAUAACUAACCUGGUGAUUCUGAUACUAAAAUUUGUAUUAUAUUCUGCUGUCCACUGCUGUGUUUGAUUCAUUAAUCUUUAACAAACUGGAUCCUUUAUGACCAUGCAGGCAGAAAGUUCAGUUUCCAAAUAUCACUACAUUGUAUGCACGUGAUGUUCCCGCAUUGAGUGCCAUUUAUAUGGUGCCUAGAGUUCCAUGGACAUACACUGUCACAGACAGAACCAUUCAUGAUGCACGCACACAUGCGCACAUACACAGUUACAGUACACACAUCCUUAGGAGAACAGAAGAUAUAUGUCCUGGAAACUUGAAUAUAGGCCACAGGCCUUGACAUUAAUUCAAAUUAACAUGGCAGCAUGUGUAAUAUGUAUGAUGAAGAUAAAUUAUUAUGUUACAAACAAUAAAUAUCUCUACAGGAAUGGUGACACUUAGAAUUGGGAAUAAUCUCUGCCUGAAGACAGUGACCCCCCCCCCACAUAAAUCUUAUUGCAUGAUAAAUCUAACAGCAGGCCAUAAGUACCACGAGGAUAAAUCUAACCAUAAGAAAGUUCAACGAUCAUAAAGCUGAUUCACGAACCAUAUGUGAAGUAUAAGGUUUGCAAGUAACUCAAAGAUAUUGACACAGCAAGAUCCAAAUAUAUCAUUUUACUUGAUGGAAUGCAAGUCGGACAUCUUGUGAGAAGUUACUCAAUAAAAUAACAGUUUAAAAUUCGAAAUGGAACUUUACAAACUGGCAAAUUAUUACACAUGAAAAUCAUUUUAAAGAUAAAUUCAGAAUAUAUCCUCCAGAAAAUGUAUCAAUGUGCAUUUUAAUUGAGCAUUAGGUGUACUGAACACAUGGUGAGGGGAUAUUCCAGAAAACUGUUAGCCAAACAGCGCAGCUGUGAAACAAAUCUGUGACCUCACUUCUUAAGAGAGUCUGAUAGAUUUGUAGUGAAUAAUUUAUCCAUGCACAGCAUGCUGUUAGAUGGUGCAUGUAGUAAUAUAAAAGUAUAUUAAAGAUAAUGUAAACCAUGUCACUCUUUCAGCCUUGAUACAUCAUGCAGAUCAAAGUGUAAAAGCAUCAUCGGUCCAUAAUCUAAUAACAUAAGCAAUGAUCAAGUGAUUACAAAUAGUAGAAUAUAUCUCUCAGAGUUUAACAUGUUAACAGAGUGAGUUGAGCAAACCUAGCAGUAUAAAGAGCAGGUUUCUAAAAUGUAAUUUUUGACUAGUGCCACAUUUCUAAGCCAUCCUCUGAGUUAUGAAAUAUACAAAUAAUGGACAUUACUAAAUAUUAACAUGUUAGACAGUUACAAAAACUAUUAAUAAGUAAGCAGAAUGACUUCAAGAUGCAAGCAUGAGGCAACACAAAGAUACAAUAUCUUAUUUACAACAGAGAGCAAAGGUAGCUUUUAACAUCCACCUCAUAUUUAUAAACAUAAGUUACCGGGAAUAAUAAGAAAUCAGCCAUGAACAACAUGAUAAUGUGUACAUAACUGUAGAAAAUUUUCAUUUUUAUAACUUAAUUACAAAGUCGUAUAGAUAUAAAUAAACCACAUGUAAACUGAGUCCUAAGUAUGGUGCUGAGAAGUAACAUACCACAUUUGUUUACUUAGUAAGUAAUUGCAUAUUUCAAAUUUUAUGUUUAAAUUCACUGAGUUCAUGAAGUUUGAAACACUUAUGUGAUUUACUUCUGUUUUCCUUAUUUUUUUAACUAAUGUCAAGCUUAUUAUGCAAAUUCCAACAUAACUGUAAAUCAAAAGGAACAAAUAUUCCAAUAAAGUUUACUGUCUUUAUUAUUAAAGCCUUUAAUGAUAGAAGAGAAGAAGAGCCUUAUACCAUGAAAAUGGAGCAACAUGCUGCCUCCAGACUACAUGGCAUAACAUUCCAAAAGACAGUAAUCUUCAUAGUCUGCCAUGAAGAUUUGAAAUCCCUAUAGCAACUAUGUUAUCUCUUUGUCCAGGACUGCUCAUGCUUGUAAUGAGCAUGAAAACUGAACGACAAUUUAAAAUGAUUGGGAUGUCCAAAACAUCUGUUUUCUACAAUUAUUAUGUUUCUGGGCAUUAUCUCUCAACUUCACUCGCAUUUAGCCUGAAAAUGUGGGCAUCAUAUUCCUUUACUGUCAUUGGUAACCACCAAGUUGAUUACAUGUUCUCAUAGGUCAAAAAAACCACCAUCUGAAAGUAAUGAAAAAGUAAAAAUUCUUGUAUAGUUUAUGACCGUAAGGGUUCAGUUACACAAAAGAAAGAAAAAAUUCUGGACAUUAGUCUCAAGGCUUGGCAUCAAGACGAACUGAAUGGUGGUAAACCGCAAGUUGUAAAGUAACUCUGACUCUGACUAGUUAAUUCUGAGUCGGAAGCAAGGAAGGAAGUUGUGGCCAGACAUGGCUAGGAAUCAAUGGCCAGGAAUUGCAGCCAUGAGAAGCUGUGAGACAGUAGGUAACCAGUAAUGAUGUGAACAUGAAAGCUGAUGAAUCUACAAUGAUUGGAGCCAUUACCAGCCAACACCUAGAGAAGACAUAGAAGGCUUGUAUGUGUGCUGCAGUAUAGUGAAUUGUUAAGUAUGUAAAUCAGUGAAACUGUUAGAGUUACUUGUAAUUCUAAUUAAUAAAGAGUCCAAUAAAUCCAAUUACCAAUUCUA